UCUGAGGGUCCAAACACCACAUAAGAAGAAGUGAAUUAAGACAAGGCAGAAAAUAGAAAAUUAGAAAAGCCCAAAAAACGUAUACACACACGGCCGGUCCCAGACAUAUAUAUAAACCCCCAUAGAGCCACCAUUUCCUCCGCCGGCUUCCUCCUCUGAUCUGCCACUUUCCGAUCGAUCGGCCGCCCUGUCGGACCCAUCUUUAAUUUAUUCUAUCCCUUUUCAUGUCUUAACUAAAAACACUACAUACAUAUAUACCCUUUCUCUAACCCCGGCCGGCCGCCCCAUUAGCAGAGUUAAACCAAUUAAUUUAAUUAAGCUUCUCGAGCGAGCUCCAUUAAUGGCGAAAACCUCGAAAAAAGACAGCUCCCGCAGCGGCAGCAACGACGAUAACGUUGUUAAGGUGAAAAGAACUCGUAAAAGCGUGCCCAGAGACUCUCCUCCUCAACGAAGCUCCGUUUUCCGAGGUGUCACCAGGCACCGGUGGACCGGCCGAUAUGAAGCUCAUCUAUGGGAUAAGAACAGCUGGAAUGAAGCACAGAGUAAGAAAGGAAGACAAGUAUAUUUGGGGGCUUAUGAUGAUGAAGAAGCAGCAGCACAUGCAUAUGACUUGGCAGCAUUGAAGUAUUGGGGACAAGAGACAAUCCUAAAUUUCCCACUUGCUACUUAUGAAAAAGAGCUAAAGGAAAUGGAAGGUCAAUCAAAAGAAGAGUAUAUUGGUUCUUUGAGAAGAAAGAGCAGUGGAUUUUCUAGGGGUGUCUCGAAAUACAGAGGAGUAGCAAGACACCAUCACAAUGGAAGAUGGGAGGCUCGCAUUGGAAGGGUGUUUGGCAACAAAUAUCUCUACCUUGGAACUUAUGCUACUCAAGAGGAAGCGGCAACGGCUUAUGACAUGGCAGCCAUAGAGUACCGUGGGCUUAACGCCGUCACCAAUUUUGACCUCAGCCGUUACGUCAAGUGGCUACGCCCUGAUGAUCAAAACCCUAACAACCUUCAGCCAAACCCUAACCCUAGUAAUGACGCCGUUAGUCAUCAUCAUGAUGAACUCAUCAUCACCACCCAGCAACAGCAGCAGCCGCAACAAAGCUCCGGCGGUUCAUCGGAAACGGCCUCUCCUCCGCCGCAUGACCCCUCCGCCGCCUCCGCCACUUCGUCGGCAUCUACCAACUUUCCAACCACCCCGCCGGAGCCGGAGCUGGAGCCGGACCGACCGAGAAGAAGUUUCCCGGACGACAUACAAACGUACUUUGACUGCGACGACUCGAGUAGCUUUGUGGAGGAGCAUGACAUCAUCUUUGGUGACCUAAGCUCAUUUGAUUCAUCCAUGUUUCAUUGUGAGCUUGAUGCAUAACACCUAGGCUAAGGUUUAAUCACCAUUUUCAUUAUUAAAAAAAAAAAAAAAAAGAUAUAACAGUGGACAUGCAUGCAUGGGAUAUAUACAUAGGAAGAUUGUGAAUACAAAUUAAAGAUAAUUGUGGAGGGAAAUGAGAGGGGCAGUGGGGUCAUUUAAUUAAUAUGCAUGCCAAAAGAAAAAUAUUAUUACUAAUUCAUUUAAGAAUUGGAGGAGAGAUUUUUCAUUAAUUUCUUUUAUUAAUUAUAUAUGUUUUCAGUUGAAUUAAUUGGUUUAAAGACUUUUUUUUUUUUGUCCUUGAAUUGUUGUUUUUUGUUCAUUUAUAUGUAUGUAGAUAUAGCAUGAGGGAAGGUAUAGAUAUUCAUCAUUCACAUUAUUAUGUAUGUUCAAUAAAACAGUUGUUUUCAAUUA